AUUCAAGAUAGUGUAAACUACGUGUAAGCAACUUUUAUACUUACUAAACCAGUAUAAAACCCCAUGAAUCUGCAAUUGGUUUCUGCAUUCUGCUCAAGGAUACAAAGAACUUAGAGAACAUGGAAGCUUCAAUGAAAUACAUAUGCCUGUUGGGGUUUCUUGUGGCUGUUGUCAUUGCUGGAUUGAGUGAAGUGGAUGGAGCUGGUGAGUGUGGGAAAGCGAACCCUGAUAUGGAAGCGUUCAAGCUCGCUCCUUGUGCAUCAGCUGCGCAAGAUGAACAUGCUUCUGUUUCUUCCAGUUGCUGUGCUCAGGUGAAAAAGUUGGGGCAAAACCCGAAAUGCCUCUGUGCAGUUAUGCUGUCUAACACUGCCAAAAGUUCUGGGAUCAAGCCCGAGAUUGCCAUGACCAUUCCGAAACGAUGCGACAUAGCUGAUCGUCCUGUUGGUUAUCGAUGUGGAGCUUAUACAUUGCCUUGAAAGCUACUGGUUUCCAUGUAAGUCAUGUGGAUGUCUACAAGUUGUACCAGUGAGUAUGAAAUGUGUGUUGGCUGAUUCUUUCUAGUCAAGGGUUUGUUCUGCUCAUGUGUUUAGUAAAUAAAUUACUGGUAGUUUGAUUAUUGUGUUCCAAAAAACUUCCAUAUAUGUUCUUAUUUGGUGUCUCUUGUUGAACCUUUAUAUGAUCAAUAUAUGGAUCUUAAGAAAAGCAAUGUGAAUUUUGCAUUUCA